AUGACUACAAGAAAUCCAACAACUCUAAUGACAAUUCCAAAUGAAGAGGCAUUCGAUUUUCUAUUCAAAAUUGUAAUUGUUGGUGAAUGUGGUACUGGAAAAACUUGUGUUGUUCAAAGAUUUAAGAAUGGAACUUUUAUUGAGAAACAUGGAAAUACUAUAGGAGUGGAUUUUUCUAUGAAAACGGUAGUAGUUGAUAAUAAAAAAGUGAAGUUACAAAUUUGGGAUACAGCAGGUCAAGAGAGGUUUAGAACUAUAACCCAAAGUUAUUAUCGUUCUGCAAAUGGUGUCAUAAUUGUUUAUGAUAUAACCAAAAGAUCUUCGUUUUUAUCUGUAGGAAAAUGGGUUGAGGAAGUAAAAAGAUAUUCUGGCAACUCUGUCUUACUUGCUGUAGUUGGAAAUAAAGCAGAUUUAGAAACUUUACGGGAGGUCGAGUUUGAAGAAGCAGAGGCCCUUUGUCAGUAUGUGCCAGAUGUACUGUUUGUGCUAGAAGCAAGUGCCAAGUCUAAUUCUAAUAUAGAAGAAGCUUUCAUGUAUCUUGCCACAGAAUUAAAGAUCACUCACCCUGGUAUAAGGACCUCUAUCAAUAACAUUGGGGUCGACCAUAACAACCAUAAACCCCUCUGGCAUAACGAUAUUGUGCAGUGGUUGUGGGUUUUAGGUAUAAGAAGCGAUGAUGGUUAUGAUUAUAUUGAUGAUGAUUAUGAUGACUAUUUUAGUGGUGAAGAUCAUGAAGAGGGUGCAGAUGACGAUAAUGAGGACUAUAAUGAUGCUGAUUAUGCUGACGAUUUUAAUGGUGAAGAUGACGAUAAUGAGGACUAUAAUGAUGUUGGUUAUGAUGAAGAUUUUAAUGAUGAAGAUCAUAAAGAUGGUGAAGAUGACGAUAAUGAAUAA